AUGAGACGCUUUCCCCAGAAUACCAGCGGGAUUUAUGCCUAUUCUGAUAGUACUAACAACUGGAAAACGUAUUUUAAUCAUUUAUUAUUCUCCCACCCAGAGCAUCUCCCCACAACCGUAUGUGGGAUAUGCAUUAUAAAUAUACUUGGAGCAUUUUUGAAGAUCAAGUUGAAAGACUCACCUUUUCCCCUCCCAAUAAUCCUGUUUUUAAUAGGAUGUACUUUUGAAAUCCUAAGUUUUUCAUCUUUUAAGGUGCAGAAAUUUACAGAGCCAAUACAAUGGAUGGAUCCUGUCAUAUUUAUUAAUUUGUUUACUCCAGUGAUUAUAUUUGCAGUUUCAUUUGAUACAGAUUUUUAUAUGUUUAAAAAACUAUUUUGGCAGAUAUUCAUUCUUACAGUUCCUGGCUUUUUCCUGAAUUAUGCCUUAGUUGACUGGUAUCUGAUGUCUGUGAAUAAGUUAGUUUUGAAAAGCACUUCCCGGGUAUUAUUUGCAAUCAUCCUUGUCUGUACAGAUCCCAUGCUGACCACAAGUGCCAUAAAGAAUCUUGGUCUUUCAAAGGGCCUCACACACUUAAUUAAAGGAGAAUGCAUGUUGAUGGCUGCUUUAGCUGAUAAUACCUUCAGGAUCACUUUACAAAUUGCUGACAAUUAUUAUAAGGAAAUUUCUAGAACAUCAAGUGUUGAUAUUGUUAAUGAAAUUGCAAAAAAACUUCUGGGAAGUUUUGUUUUGGCAUUUGCAAACUACAAAUUUUUCCAGUUUUGGCUCAAGAAUAAAUUCAUUGAUGAUAUCAGUGAAGCAAUGCUUGGUUUUUCAUUAGUAUACAUCAACUUUUAUGUGGCUGAAUGGAGUGGAAUGUCUGGAAUUAUUUCUUUAUCUGUGGCAGCUCUUCUUUUCAAUUCUACAAGCUUUAAACCGGGAGUUAAACUAUUCCUUUUCAAAUUCUGGAAAACUCUCAGAUUUUUUGCUUCUCUGAUGGUAUUUACCCUUAUUGGCAUGAUGAUCCCUGCACAUGCCUACCUAGCUGUAUCAUUCUCGGAUAUAUAUUAUACAGUGCACCUCUACUUCACACUGAUUGUCAUCAGAAUUCUGGUCUUUCUGAUCCUAAGCCCUAUUUUAUCUCGUCUUGGCUAUGGAUUUCCCUGGCGCUGGGCAUUUACAAUUGUCUGGAGUGAAAUGAAGGGGCUACUUAACAUAAACAUGGCUCUUAUAUUUUCUUACUCUGAUAAUUUCAUUGGAUCAGAAAGAGAAAAAUCUCAGAUAUUACUUUAUGGAGUGACAGUAUGUUUAAUUACCUUACUCAUCAAUUCAAUUACAUUACCUCGAGCAGUUAUCUACUUAGGUCUCCGUGAUAUUACAUUAACAAAACGCAAGUCACUCUAUUACACGGUUCAACAUUUUCAAGAAAUAACCAAGACUGCAGCCUCUGCUUUGAAAUUUGACAGAGAUCUUGCCAAUGCAGAUUGGAACUUGGUUGACAAAAACAUAACAUUUCAAAAUCCAUAUAAGUUGACACCAGAAGAAACAGAUCAGAAGCUCAAAUGUCUGAGCUGUAACAAGGAAAUGGCAGAGACCACCAUUAGCACUGAAAUCAUGGAACUGGCAAGAGUGCGCCUCUUAUCAGCACAAAUAGCAAGCUAUGAGAGGCAAUACACAAAUGAGAUUUUGUCCCAAAAUGCAGCCAAAGUCUUGGUAAGCGCUGCAGGGAGUUUUGACGAUAAAAAGGGAGAAUUUAUGAGCUUUCAAUCAAUACAGGCUUAUGUUGAAAAAUAUGAAAUUUUUAAUGUCUUCAGGAAAAUGUUACUAAAUUGGGUUUAUAACACUAAAAAAGAAAAAGGAGUGCCACCAAAAACUCCAGUUCCUUUAUUUUGUCAUAAGAUCGUGUUUAGUGAUGAAUUUCAAUACUCUGGAUAUCUUGUGAUCAUGUUGAGUAUGGCUCCUCUUCUAAUUUCUUGGAUACCACCAUUAUAUGGGAUCUAUAGCAUGGAAAUCAGAUCUGUAAACCGCACAUUCCUUUUCUUUUACAUACUGGAGGCCGUAUUUAAGAUGAUAGCAAUGAGGAAAAACUUUUUCCUACAUAGCUGGAACAUAUGUGAGUUAGCAAUAACAUCGGUUGCCAUCAUUGAAGAAGUAAUGCUUGAAGAAGGACAUAUUGGAACUACGGACUCCUUGAGUCAAAGUAUGAUCUUUCUGAGAAUUGUGAGGUUACUUCGUAUAUUUCGCCUCUUAAAGAUCAUAACACCAAUGAUACUUCAGUUAAUGCAUAGGAGAAUUAGCCAUCAAUUGUCCUUUAGAUAUGCCAUCUUAAAAGGUUAUGUUCAAGGUGAAGCAGAUGUAGCAUGUGUAAUUGACCAGAUCGCUAGUAGUAAAUCAGUUGCUCAGGUAAUACGUAAUCGUGUGUCCAAGAAUGCAGAAAAUGCUAUGAAAGAAUUAGGCUAUUUAGAGUAUGAUCAUCCAGAUAUUGCCAUCACUAUGAAAACCAAGGAGGAAAUUAACCGUUUGCUCACUGUGGCUUCAGAGAUUGUUAGGAGCUUAGAGUCAAAAGGAAUAAUUAAUAAAGGUGAAGUUUCUGAAAUACACAAGAUGAUUACUACCAAAAAAAAAGACCUGCUAGGUUUGGAACCUGUUAUCAGAGUUCGUUCUCUUGACGAAAUGUUAUACCAUAUUCCAUGGCUAAACAAAUCAGGAAUCCACAUAAAUUUCAUUAAGAAAGCUGUCAAAGUCUUGACCUUCGAUUGUGGAAAUAGUAUAUUUGAAGAGGGUGAUAAUCUGACAGGAAUAUAUCUGAUUAUCUCUGGCAUGAUAGAGAGAUCGAGUUCCAGACCUUAUUCUGGAAUUGACCAAAUGGAGUCGGAGACAGAAGAAAAAGGUCAUAUCGUUUAUGUAGACUACCUCUUCAGUGGGGCAAUCAUAGGAGAAUUGAACUGCUUAACCAAUGAGCCCGUGAAAUUUACUGCCACCUGUAAAACCGUAGUAGAGAUCUAUUUCAUCCCCAAAUCUCAUUUGUAUGAUACAUUUGAAGAGUGCUGUCCUUCCAUAGAAUAUAAUAUGUGGCUCAAGUUGGCACUUGGUGUUGGUGCUCAAAAAGUCAAGGAAAUUUUGGCUUAUGAGGAUUGGACAUACAAGCUGCAAUUACAGCUCUGUAAUGUGUAUGUGAGAGAUGUACCAAUAGAUACCAAAGUUGACAUUUAUGACGAAACUGUGAGCUAUGUUAUUCUUGUUUAUGGAAGUGCAAAAGAUUGUCAGUUACAGAAAAUAUAUUUUGCACCCAAACUAAUUCCUAAAACGUGUCAUCAGAUACAAGGUACUGCAAAAAUAACAAAACUAUUUGUAAUGCAGACAUCAGUUGACCUAAAGAAAUGCAGGAACAAUACUAAACGAUAUGUGCCUGUAUGCAAACAUGUAAUAAAACAUGAAGCUUAUGCAGGUCCUGUGACAUCACCAACAGAUUUCAUUUCUGAAAGGAACCUACCUUCAGAAACCACUAUGAAUCUUCAGAAAAGUAUGAAUGAAUGUCCCAUCGACAUCACGGUGAACUUGGAAGCACUUGAGACUUUCUGA